AUGAUUUCUAUUCAAUACGUAUUGACAAUAUUUGUGCUUUUAUUUACUUUGACAAUAGCAAGUCCAAUUUUGCAGCGUCGUCAAUUGGAUUCUCAGCCUGUGCGUGGCCCGAAUGGAGUAGUUAUUGGAGAAGCUUACACUCAAGGAACAGAAGACCAUAGCUCAGGAAAUGGGCCACCGGCAGCUGAAUAA